AUGUCACCUGAGAAUUAUUAAAGCGCCAAUUUUUCAUCAGACAAUGCAAACUCGCCAAUUUAUUUACCAGAAAUUUCUACUUCUUAAAUUGAUACAAGUACUAAAGAAGGAUAGGCCAAUAAGUAUUUGAAACUAGAGAGAGAAUCCCAAUAAUUUAAAGAUCACCCCUAGUCUUCAUUAUUCAUAUUAGAUCAUAAUUACUAUUGCUAUAAUCCGAGAGAUAAUUCAACUAAACUUUUAUGCUCAAGACAAGAUAGAGAAAGAAUAUUUCGUAAAGAGGCAGAAAGACUAAUUGGUAUGAACAACCAAAGUGAACUCAAUGAUUAGGAUGAGAAUUAACAUUAAAAUAUAUAAAAUUAAUCAAUGCCAAGAACUUAAAGGGUGGCUGCUGCUAGAAAUACAGAUGGUCCAAAGGUUAUGCCAUUAAAAGCAGAAUAAUUGAGUCAAUUAAACAGUUAUGUUCUUUAAAAACAGGACUUUCCUAGGCAGAAAGACAUGUCAAAUAAAAAAUUGGAUACAAAGAGAAAAAGAGAUUUGAAGAAGGAAAUAAAACAAUAAAAAUCUGAAUAAAAAUUUGACAUACUUAUAGAAAAGCAGAGUUCAACCAUUAGUGAUGAAGAAGAAAAAAUAAAAGAAGAGCAAAAGACAUAAAUAUUCGAAUCAACUGGAUUAGACUUUCUAGAUGAAAUUCUAAACGGGGCUCCUUCAGAUAUUGAUAAAUUACUAGAAAAGUAUUCAGAAUAAUUCUGCCUAGGUGCCGACAUAUCUACCACCGAAAAUGUAUCGAUCAGUGGCUUCAAAUAAGAGGAGUAUGUCCUACUGACAAACAAUAGGUCUUUAAGAGCUAAAGUUUUCGCUUUUGAUAGUUGUAAGAAUUAUUUGAUCUCAACAAACUUAGCAAGAACACAAUUGAGACCAUUUGCAAGUUAAUUGUAAUUUUUAAGUAAUUUACUUUGUUAAAUGUUAACCAAAAUAAUUUGA